UCUGCAGGAAGGACUUGCAAACAAAGUUUGUCUCAUUCAUGAAAUUUUAGGGCUUUUUUUCACUGAAAAAACAACAAUAAUGCAGCGUUUUUUCUCCAGACAGGUGCUAACAUCAUUGAGAACAGUGCACUCAGUGCGAUACUUCUCAGCAUCAUCAGCAUUAUGGCAAAAGGUAUCCAUGAGCAAGUUUGAAUCUAAUUGUUAUAUCCCAUAUGAAAGGCUAGAUGAGAACUUGAAAGUUGUUAAAGAGAGAUUAAACAAGCCAUUAACCCUGGCAGAAAAGAUUGUCUAUUCCCAUCUCGAUAACCCAAAAGAACAGGAUAUUGUACAUGGAGAAUCUUAUCUUAAACUCAGACCUGACAGAGUUGCUAUGCAGGAUGCCACAGCUCAGAUGGCUAUGCUGCAGUUUAUAUCCAGUGGCUUACCAAAGGUUGCAGUUCCCUCUACAAUCCACUGUGACCAUUUCAUAGAAGCUAAGGUUGGAGGUGCUGAAGAUCUCAAGGUGGCUAAAGAUAUAAACCAAGAGGUCUAUGACUUCCUGGCUAGUGCUUCUGCCAAGUAUGGUGUUGGGUUCUGGAAGCCAGGAAGUGGUAUCAUCCAUCAGAUUGUUCUGGAAAACUAUGCUUUUCCUGGUGUGAUGCUUAUUGGUACAGACAGUCACACACCCAAUGGAGGUGGUCUUGGAGGAGUAUGUGUUGGUGUGGGUGGUGCUGACGCAGUUGAUGUUAUGGCCAACAUGCCGUGGGAGCUGAAAUGCCCAAAGGUUAUAGGUGUCAAGCUCACAGGAGAACUCAAAGGCUGGACAUCUCCGAAGGAUGUGAUUCUCAAGGUGGCUGGUAUUCUUACCGUCAAGGGUGGAACAGGAGCCAUUGUGGAGUACUUUGGACCUGGGGUGGACUCUAUAUCUUGUACAGGUAUGGGGACCAUUUGCAACAUGGGUGCCGAGAUCGGAGCAACUACCUCAGUCUUUCCAUACAACCAUCGCAUGGAGACAUACCUCAAAGCCACAGGCAGAGAUCAAGUAGCUAGUCUUGCCAACCAGUAUAAACACCUCUUAAAGGCUGACGAGGGUGCAGAUUAUGACCAGGUUAUUGAGAUCAAUCUCAGUGAACUGGAACCCCACGUUAAUGGCCCAUUUACACCUGAUCUUGCCCAUCCUAUUUCAAAAUUGGGAGCUGUUGCAAAGGAAAAGGGAUGGCCAAUGGACAUCCAAGUUGGACUCAUUGGUAGUUGUACUAACAGCAGCUAUGAAGACAUGACAAGAGCAGCAAGCAUUGCAAAAAAGGCAAUGGAAAAUGGACUAAAGGCUAAAUCACUUUUUACUGUAACACCAGGAUCAGAGCAGAUAAGAGCAACCAUUGAACGAGAUAGCAUCGCAAAUACUCUGCAAGAGUUUGGUGGUACAGUUCUCGCUAGUGCAUGUGGUCCUUGUAUUGGACUAUGGAACAGGCAGGACAUUAAAAAGGGAGAAAAAAACACUAUUGUCACAUCUUACAACAGAAAUUUCACAGGCCGUAAUGAUGCUAACCCUGAGACCCAUGCUUUUAUUGCAUCACCUGAGAUUGUAACAGCUCUUUCCAUUGCUGGCUCUCUUGAUUUUAAUCCAGAGACAGAUACCCUGACUGGAAAAGAUGGUAAGCAGUUCAAGCUGGACAGUCCAUUUGGUGACGAGCUCCCUACUAAGGGAUUCGACCCUGGUGAGGACACAUAUCAGGGACCUCCAGAAGAUGGUUCAUCACUGCAAGUCAAUGUCAGCCCAAGCAGUAAUCGACUUCAGCUGUUGACUGCCUUUGACACUUGGGAUGGUAAUGAUCUUGAAGACAUGACCAUUCUCAUAAAGAUCAAAGGAAAGUGUACCACUGACCACAUCAGUGCUGCUGGUCCAUGGUUAAAGUACCGAGGACAUCUAGACAACAUAUCUAACAACAUGUUCAUUGGGGCCAUUAAUAUUGAAAAUGACAAAGCCAAUCAAAUCAAGAACCAGUUGACUGGUGAAUAUGGCACUGUACCUGAUACAGCAAGACACUAUAAGGCAAGUGGCGUGAAGUGGUGUGCCAUUGGUGAUGAGAACUACGGAGAGGGAAGCAGCAGAGAACAUGCUGCAUUGGAACCAAGACAUCUUGGUGGAAGAGCAAUCAUCGUGAAGAGCUUCGCUCGUAUCCAUGAAACUAAUUUGAAAAAGCAAGGUAUGUUGCCUUUGAUGUUCUCUGAUCCAUCUGACUACGACAAGAUCCAACCUGAUGACAAGAUUUCUCUAGUAGGAUUAAAAAACCUGGCGCCUGGAAAGCCAGUGGAGUGUCACAUUAAGCACAAGAAUGGUUCAGUGACCAAGAUCUCUCUCAACCACACCAUGAACGAACCACAGAUUGGGUGGUUCAAAGCUGGCAGUGCUCUCAACAAAAUGGCGGGAAAAUAAGACAUAUGUUACAUGAUUUGCGAGACUUACAGGCAGACAGACAGACAGACAAAUGGCUGACAGACGUGCACAGGCAAAGAGACAGGCAGACAGACUGUUGACACGAACAAACAAGCAGACGGACAGACAGACAAAUGGCUGACAGACGUUCACAGGCACAGAGACAGACAGAAAGACUGCUGACAGACAAACAAACAAGCAGACAGACAGACAGCUGACAGUCAAGGAACAGGACAGACAGGCAAAUGACUGACAGACGAAUAGACAGCAGAAAAGAAGCUUGAACCUUUUCUUUUGACUAAUGAACAGAGCUUCAGACAAGACGAUUGAGUAUUAUACAGACAGACGUCUACCUUUAACCCCCUUUAAACUCGGGUGGUAGUUCUUCCCAUUUGCAGGAUAAACAGACAGACAGACAUACCGAGUCAACAGACAAACAAGUUUUAACAAGUUUUAAAAAGAUUUAAAAACAAAUUUAACACUAUUACCAAAUAUUUACCCAUUUCAAUAGAUUUCCAAAUUGUUUGAAAUAAUUUCUUGUAUUCGUUUGUGAUAAUUACCGCAUGGUCAAGGAUGGAUUGAUUAUUGCUAUCCCUUUUUUUGAAAAGUUGGGUGUGUUAGGUUUUACGAAUCCCAACACAGAAAAUUCCAAAAGUCAUUUUAAAAAUGGUUUAUAUAUCUUACUCGAGUGAAUGAAUGUAUUUAAAAUAUCACUUUGUUUUUCAGUGAUGCUUCAAAUUUUGAGAAAUAUACGAAUUUCUUCAUAAAUAUAAUACUCGUAGUGUGUGUGUUUGUGUGUGUACAAACUAUCUACCUUCGUAUGUUCUUGAAUAUUCCUUGUUUUCGGUCGUUAUAUUUUGCACAGCCCGCGAAAAAAUUUACUUCGAAAAUCGUUCGUCAACAAAUCGAUAUCUUAUCGUUUCGCUUAUUAGCUGAUCGAUAUUUCGUCGUGAGGUGUUCGGCUAGAUAAGCGACUAAAGAAAAAUUACCAAUAAAGCCGUUGUGAGAAAGAUUUAGCGACACCUGUUACGAUUAAAAAUAUUCGAUUUGCGUCUUU